AUGUCGCUCAACCUCUUCCGAGUCCUGGGCGACUUGUCCCAUCUCGUCUCUAUUUUGAUUCUCCUUCAUAAGAUGACCCAGUCCAAGAGCUGCUCGGGUAUCAGCUUUAAGUCACAAGCUCUUUACUUCCUUGUAUAUAUUACAAGAUAUCUUGAUCUGUUCUGGACGAGAUCCCCAUACAACUUCAUCUUCAAGAUCCUCUUCAUCACAUCCCAGGGCUACACGCUCUACUUGAUGACCACGACAUACAAGCCGACCAACGAUCCUAGUACCGACACGUUCCGAGUCCAAUACCUGCUUGCCGGCGCCGCCAUCCUCGCCGUCCUCUUCCCCUACUAUUACACUGUCAUGGAGAUUCUCUGGGCCUUCUCCAUCUGGCUCGAGUCCGUCGCCAUUCUGCCCCAGUUAUUCAUGCUCCAGCGAACCGGCGAGGCCGAGACCAUCACGACGCAUUACCUCUUCGCGCUCGGUAUCUACCGCGCCCUCUAUAUCCCCAACUGGAUCUACCGCUACGUCACCGAACCCGACCGAAACAUAGAUUGGAUCGCCGUGGUUGCUGGUAUCAUUCAGACCAUCCUCUACAGCGACUUCUUCUGGAUCUACUACAAGAAGGUUCUCAAGGGGGCUAAGUUCAAGCUUCCCGUUUAA